UACUCACGUGAAGUUUGUGAAGUUCGAACCGGUGAUAAAUAUAUCUCUGUUCAUUCAAGUCGAUUAAAUCGUACGAAAUGAACCAGAAGGAAUUAUUUAACAUCGAAAGAAACGAUAAAGUAGGCAGGUACGCAGUUGCAAAAGAAAACUUGAGAGCCGGUGAUAUUAUUUUUUCCGAGAAACCAUUCGCUUAUGGUCCCAAAUCAGACAGUCCUUGCAUUUGUCUUGGGUGUUACAAUUUCGUGGAUUGCACUAACCUAUGUAAGACAUGUUCCUGGCCGGUAUGUAACGCGGCAUGUGAAAACUUACCAAGUCACAGAGAGUUCGAGUGCCAGGUAUUUUCAAAGGCUGGUGUCAAAUUUCAAGCGGUAGAAGAUCCAACAGAAAUAUGCUUGCAAUAUGAAUGUCUAACACCGCUGAGAGUAUUACUAUCCAAAGAGAAACAUCCGAAACGAUGGGACGAAGAAAUCAGUAUGAUGGAAGCCCACAAUGAUUUGCGAAAAAACAACCCUAUUUGGGAGUUCAACCAACACAACGUCGUCGAGUAUUUGAGAGGUCCAUGCAAGUUGGACCGAUUCUCUGAGGUCUUGAUACACACCGUCUGCGGGAUCUUGGAAAUAAAUGCCUUUGAAGCCAGAACCAACUCGGGACAACUGAUCAGAUGUUUGUUUCCCAAGUUGGCUAUCCUGUCUCACAACUGCGUUUCGAAUAUCCACCAUGCAGUUAAAUACAUAGGGACGGGAGAUGAUGAAGAUUGUUGUGUUACUGUAAGAGCUGCAAUCGAUAUCCCAAAGGGUAGUCAACUAAACAGCAGUUAUACGUAUUCCCUCUGGCCCACCUUAGUCCGAAGAGAGUUUUUGAAGGAGAGCAAGUAUUUCGACUGUCUUUGUGAACGAUGCAGCGACAAGACAGAGUUGGGAACUCAUAGCGGUACUUUGAAGUGUCAGAAAUGUGACAACGGAGUUAUCCUGUCAACAGAACCAUUAAGCGAUAUCUGUGAAUGGAAAUGUACACACUGUGAAUUCAAAACAAAUGCUGUAGCAGUAAGAAAAGUAUUUGCUGCGAUUCAGACAGAAAUCGACAAUGUUGAAUGUACAAUUGGACCAGAAGGUAUCGAGGCCAGAGAAACAAUUUACAGAAAAUACAGGUCCGUUUUACAUCCGAAGAAUUCUUACAUGACAAUCCUACGGAGCGUGUUGGUGCAGCUUUACGGAAAAACGGAAGGUUACACUUUGGAAGAUCUUCCAGAUCUCCUUCUGGAACGAAAAGUUGAACUUUGUCAGCAGUUACUAGAGGUUCUUGACAUUAUCGAACCCGGUUGUUCCAGGAUUAGAGGUAUGACACUUUAUGAACUCCAUGGCCCCUUGAUGAUACUAGCAAGGCAUCAAUACCAAAAUGAUGCUAUAAAUAAGGAUCAAUUCAAGAAGGAACUGAAGAAGGCUAUUAAUACACUCGAGGAGGCUGUAAAAAUUCUGAAACAGGAACCAGAGACUCUACCAGAGGGACAGCUGGCAGUAAUGGCGGCAGAAGCUUUUAAACAGCUCGAAGAAAAUUUUGACCUAUUAGUUGAAAAUGCUUGAUCAUCAGAUCACAUAUUAUUGUAAUGACAUACCUAGGUAAUUAAAGAAAUUAGAAUGGCA